CUUCCAAUAAAUUAGCGGUUGAAUUUCUCUUUAUCAACUUCCUAUUCGAUUCAAAAUUUUAAUUGCUUUCUUCCAGAAGCCCUACUCGAAGUCUCUCUCUGGCGAUUUUGGUUUUAAUUACUUAGAAUAAUAAUUCGAGUUGUUUAUCAUCAGGCAUUCUGUUUGGUUACUCAGAAAAUUUCGGAAAGGGAAAAUAAGUGAAGGAAAGAAAGUUCGAGGGCUUAUUUCGCCUUCGCCACGUAACUCUUACUGUAUAACCGCGAAAUAAUAUUGCAAAAUUGGGAGAAGAAAAAUAUAGAGUGGAAGCACCGGUGAGUUUGGCAUGUGUUGUUUAGGUACAAUUGAGAAGUCAAGGGUGAUGAUGGCAUCUUCAGAUGAUGAGAGUGAGGUUGGGCCAGUUUCAAAUUACAAUUUUGUAGAUGAGAAAGAUGAGCCUGUUUCAUUUUCUGUGUUGCCAGUUCAGUGGGAUGAAGAUGAGAAUGCUACUGGUAACAAAAUGCAUAUAUUCUUGGACGGAACUGCUGAUAAUGGGCUCCAGAAGAUUUAUAAGCGCGUAGUAGGUUGGAGAUUUGAUCUUACUAAUGAAAAUCCUGAAAUAUAUGUGCUUUCUAAAGAAAAAAGUUGGAUAAAACUUCAGAAACCUAGGAAAAGCUUUGAGAAAAUUAUUAGGACAAUAUUGAUCACAGUGCAUUGCCUUUCUUAUGCAAAAAGAAAUCCAGAAGCAACUGGGAAAUCUAUUUGGGACCACUUGUCUAAGGUCUUCAGCUUGCAUGAGGUGAGACCUUCACAAAAUGAUUUGGUGGACCACAUGGAUUUAGUCAGUGAAGCGCUUAAAAGGGAUGUGACCUUAGCAAAGUCUAAGUUUCUGCUCAAAUUUUUAGAAGAGAAGCCGAGGAAGAGGAGACUAUCUGAUGAGGAUCUUCAAUCUGUGAUGAGAUCUAGUUUCAUAGUUGAUGAUCAAGAUGAUAUGAUCGAUGAUGGAGGGGAUGAUGACUCCAAUAAAGAGGAAGACUUAUUUGAUACUGUUUGUUCGAUUUGUGAUAAUGGUGGUGAACUCUUGUGUUGUGAAAAGGGGUGCAAGAGGUCAUUUCAUGCAACUGUAGAGGAUGGUGAAGAAUCGCAGUGUGUAUCUCUUGGCCUUACUAAGGAUGAAGUGGACGCAAUUCGGAAAUUUUCCUGUAAGAAUUGUGAAUAUAAGCAACAUCAGUGCUUUAUUUGUGGAAAGUUAGGUUCCUCUGAAAAGGCUUCUGGUGCAGAGGUUUUUCGUUGUGAUUCUGCGAGCUGUGGUCGCUUUUAUCAUCCCCAUUGUGUCUCAAAAUGGCUUUUGGGAGGUGAUGAAGUUGCUGUGAAACAGUUUCAGGAAAGCAUUUUUUCUGGAGAAUCCUUUAUAUGUCCCAUUCACAAAUGCUAUGUUUGUAAACAAUUUGAGAUUGAGAAGGACAUAGAUCUGCAGUUUGCUUUGUGCAGGCGGUGCCCCAAGGCUUACCACAGGAAAUGCUUGCCAAGGGACAUUGUAUUUGAGGGUGAAGAAGAAGAUGGUGUAAUAGCCAGAGCUUGGGAGGGUCUAUUGCCUAAUCGCAUUUUGAUAUAUUGUACAAAACAUGAGAUUGAUGAAGACAUGGGGACUCCAAUUCGAGAUCAUAUUAGUUUUCCUGGUAUGGAAUUAAAGAAGACUAUUUUUGAGGGACUGAAACAAAAACAGACAUCAGCAAUACCUGCAACCAAGGAGAAAUUUGUGUCAAUGAAAAGCACUCUCAACUCAAUAGCAUGCACUUCAGCAAAACCUGCUGUGAAUGUGCUUAAACGUUUUCCUUCUGUUGUGAAGCAGAGUGAAUCUACUAGAAAAAUUCAGAAGCUAUCUGGUGGUUCAGACCAAUCAAUGAAAAUUAAAGCAAAGGAUGCUCACAGAAAGAAUGUGAAGGAAACUGUAAAGUCUGUCUUACUGGAGGUAGAUAGGUCCUACAUGCCUGAUGCAAAGAAAACCUCCCUGUCUCUUGUCAGUGAACUUCAGAAGAGUGUAUCUGUUAAACCUACCAAAAUGAAGUUGAGUGAGCUACCUUCGUUAGAUGCUGAAACCGAGAGGAGGUUACUUUCUUUGAUGAAAGAUGCUGCUUCCAAAAUAACUUUGAAAGACAUUCAAAAAAGGCUCAGAAUUCCAUCUACGCAUACAAAUUCCUUAAAAGCAGUUGUUGACAAGGCCAUCUCAAUGGAAAAAGUGGAGGGCUCAGUUGAGGCUGUUCGAACUGCUUUAAAGAAACUAGAGGAAGAAGGAAGCAGUAUUGAAGAUUCAAAAGCUGUUUGUGAACCUGAGGUUGUCAAUCAGAUCUUUAAGUGGAAGAGCAAACUUAAGGUGUAUCUUGCUCCCUUUUUCCAUGCUGCACGAUAUACAUCAUUUGGUCGCCAUUUUACUAAAACAGAGAAACUUCAAGAGAUUGUUGAUAAGCUCCAUUGGUAUGUACAAGAUGGAGAUAUGAUUGUUGAUUUCUGUUGUGGCGCUAAUGAGUUUAGUAGCCUAUUGAAAAAGAAGCUUGAAGAAACUGGGAAGAGAUGCUUUUACAAAAAUUUUGACAUCUUGCAGGCUAAGAACAACUUCAAUUUUGAGAAGAGAGACUGGAUGACAGUUAAACCUCAAGAAUUAGCUCCAGGGUCCCAAUUGAUUAUGGGACUAAAUCCUCCUUUUGGAGUUAAAGCAGCUUUGGCAAACAAAUUUAUUAAUAAAGCUCUGGAGUUUAACCCGAAGCUCCUUAUUCUGAUUGUUCCACCAGAGGCAGAAAGGCUGGACAAAAAGACAACACCUUAUGUUCUGGUUUGGGAGGACGAUCUGUUUCUCACUGGAAAGUCAUUCUAUCUUCCUGGAUCUGUUGAUGAGAAGGACAAGCAAAUGGAUCAGUGGAACUUAACAGUGCCACCGCUCUAUCUUUGGAGUCACCCUGAUUGGGCUGCUGGACACAAGGUUAUAGCUGAAAAGCAUGGUCACAUAUCCAGGCAACAGGAAGCAUCAGAUUUGGGAAGAAACUGCAAUGAGACUCAUAUCCUUGAUCAUCCAAUGGAAGAUGUUCACUGUGACGAUGGUGAUGCCUUUAUGGCGACAGAUCUUCUGUCACAAAAUGUUCGUGGUGAUUAUGUUGAAACCUCCAUGUGGGGAGAUCUCUCUUUGGAAAAUAUUCUUGGUCAUUUUGAUGGUACUACCAUGAUGACAGGUCUUCCUCAAAACAUUGAAAUGGAGGUACCCAUGCAAAUAUCAGAUACUGAUGAAGGAAAUUCACCUGACAAAACUAGUGGGGGAGAAAGCAAUGGCGGUGGCUCUGGGGAGAAUCAGUCUAGGAAGGCUUCAAUGAAGAGGGAGCGGGAUAAGAAGGCUGGAAGAGGAAUGAGUGAAAAAUCUUCUUUGGACAGACAUAAUGUUGGGAGGAAUCUGGGAAGUGAGACAUACAAGGGAAUUCCUCAAAGUCCACCAGCCAGCAUGAUUGAUGGAAGAUCCUCUGUGGAACAACACAUGUCCAAAUGUGCUGAGAUACCUUCACAUGUCGGAUUUGGCGAAAAUGGUCAUCAACAUUUUGAUGAGCAGAGGUUGCCUCACUGUUCUCCAGCCAAUGUGUUUGAUAGAAUAUCAAUGCUGGAGGGUCACUCUUCCAGAUCUACUGAGGUGCCUCCACAUGCUGGACUUGGCAAUGAUGGUUAUCAUCAUUUUGGUGACAAGGGAAUGUCUUACCAUUCAUCCCUCAACAUGAUCCAAGGAAUGCCUUCAUUGGACAGCCAUCCAUCCAAAUCCAUUGACAUACCAUCAUGUACUGGUUUUGGCAACAAUAGUUAUCGACAUUUUGAGCCUACCACCUCUGGUUCACAUAUGCAGUUUGGAACAGCAUAUCACGGAAACACCCAGCCUAGCUUCCCUGAUGGUACGGGUUGGAGAUACGGGAUGAACAACAAUGAGUCAGAUCUAGCCACAUCUCCUCCUCGUUAUGGUCAGAUGGGAGCAUUUCUGCCUCCUACGUUUGGACACUUAGGUUCAAUACCUGAGUCAUCUUACAGGAUGAACAUGUCAACCAUGGAUCAGUACAAUUCUCAACUGGGUGGUGCAAACCACCAGAGCGUAACUCAUUUGCGAUCAGAGCCACCCAUGUUGCCUAGAACAAGCUUUAAUGAUCUUAGAGCACCCCCCGAUACCGGAUUCCCAUCUGGCAUGGGCUUUGCUUCUGGUCCUUAUGAACCAGGUACCCAAGGUUGGUUGGACCCGUAAUUCAGAUUUUUUGUUGACUGACUCUUCGAAGGUACAAUCUAGUCAAAUUUAACAAUUUGUGGAGAAAUUUUAUGUGCUCUCUUACCUAGAAUAAUUAUCAUGAUUAUGCUUACCCAACGAUUGUGAGAAAAAGAAAUAUAUUGAGUAGUGUUGAAA